UGUUGUUGUUGUUGUUGUGCUCUGUGCAUCGGAACCUAUUUAUAAUAUAUCGAUUCUCUCUCCCCUCGAUCCCGAAACUGUUCUUCCUCUCUUACAACCUUUCUCCUCUUCCAACUUUUCCUGUCUAUACUGUUCGCCGUUUUGUCCGAUGUUGAAAGCCUUGCCUAGCCAUUCCCCCGAGCCUGUAUCGGUAGUGAGUGGGUCUACAUGCAAUGGGAUUACAGUUAGUGGUAAUCCUUGCAAGCAGUCUGUAGCCAACGGAUUCUUUAACGAACACGGGCAAGUGUUUUGUUAUAAUCAUCAGAGGCAGGCGAAAGUGGGGAAUAUAUUUUUAAAGGAACGGUGGGAGGAUGAAAAACCGAAACGCAGUCUAGUGACUGGGAAAUCCAAUAACAAGCCCACCAGCCAGCGAGCAGAAGACGAUGGUUCCAUGCGCCAACUGAUUACUCAGUUCAAGCGCUUAUUCCACCCUGCGUCGUCUGCGAAGUACCAGGAUGCGGCAGCAGUGGCAACGAAACAUGUCAUAAACGAUCAUAAACACCACCUGCCUCAGGUUCGACGGCAACCGCUACAGCCACUACAGCCUGCAUCUCGCGCUGUCAUAUCACCUGCCGCGCUUCCCAUAACACCAUCUACUCCCGUCACUGAAAAAGUCCCCAUAUUACGACAAUGUCAGGCCAUUAAUCGCCAUAAUGGCAGGCAAUGUUCGCGAACAUUCAAAGGCGAAAUAGAGACAUUUUGUUUCCAACAUCGCAAGAUCCCGCUUCAAGCUCACGCGCUCGUUCAGCCCUUACCAGCACUACCCAACAUUCUGCUUAAAGAUUUUGCUCGGUAUAUUCCCGAUCACCUUUCGGUCAACACCAAGAAACUGCUGUAUCAGGAGUUGAGCAAACCAUUAUCUCAAUCCGAUAGCCCAGGUUAUAUCUAUACCUACAUGCUCACGUCGUCGUCGACUGCCACCCACGCCCUGUUCAAAAUAGGACGAACCAAAAAUCUCCACAGACGGAUGUAUCAAUGGGUUUCAAAAUGUGAAUACGUGCCGAAAUUGGUCGAGUGUUUCCCGCGCACAGAAGAUGAAGAGCAGGUUCGGUUCUCUCAUCGUGUUGAACGGCUAGUUCACAUUGAACUAUCCGACAGGUACCGGGCCGAUGCAGAAGUCUGUGGUGGCUGCGGUGGGAUGCAUCGCGAAUGGUUUAAAGUCGCUAGAAGCAAAGGCAUGUCUGAUAAAGACAUGUGGCUUGUUCUCAGGGAGGUUGUUGUGCGAUGGGUCAACUAUGUUGCCAAAGCUGCCCCACCCAUGUAGAAAACCUAGAGAACAUUUCACUACCACCUUCAUCCACCACUGUGAGGUCAUGUAAAUUAUUCCAUUGUAACAUCACCACUGCAUUUUGUAUAAUAAACGAGGUAACGAAUGAGCCUGAGGACUAUUCAGCCAUGCUAAACAUUAUUGGAAACUAUUAUGUGCGUGCGUUCAAUUGGACUUGGU